AGAGGCGCUUGAAAAUAAAAUCACAGCUGAUUCGUAUACCGUUGUGACGUUUUCACGCUUUUUUCUGUCACAUUAGUUGUUUUUUGUCAUUCUGUUAUAAACUGUUUUGUUUUUGAUAUCAUUAAAAUAUUCGGGCAUGACAACUGCAUGUGCAAACCGAAUUAAAUUAUAAAUAAUAUUUUCAUUUAGUUUGAUAUUUUUCUCACAAUCGACGUGAAGAAUUUAUGCUCAUUUAAUUUUUGCAUAUGUACUUUUGAAGUUUCUCACGUAUUAUCAAUUAUUGUUAUCAGUUAUAACAAUACGUUACAGUUACAUCAAAGUAUGUAAGUUUCGAGAUGUCUAUGGAUUACGGAGAUAGAUACAUAUUUGAAGCCGAGUGGUAUGACCAAAUCGCUUGUAUGCUGAAGAAAUUUUAUCUGUAUUACUAUCCAUCUGAUAAUACUGUCGAAUUGUUUGACUUAAAGACAAAAAAGACUUUCCUAAGAAGAACAACAUGUGAAGGCAUCAAGGCUAAGGAUUUUUAUGUUGGUGCCGUGAUAACAAUAUUUUCAAGAUGCAUCAAAAUUACAGGUUAUGCAGACUCCUGUACCAAAACCAAAUUAGAAACACAACUGCAAAAAGUUUUUGUACUUUUGAAGCCAGAUGUUAUUGACAAAAUGGGUGAAAUAUUAAAAGCCAUUAUAGAUUAUGAUUUUCAUAUCACAAAUAUAAAAAUGUUAAGAUUAACUCCAAAUGAUAUUGAAGAAUGUUGUUUUGUAAAAGACGCAGUCGAUAAGACGUCUAUUAUAAAUUAUCUUAUUUCUGGCCCUGUCGUUGCUUUAGAAAUAUUAGGAGGCAAUGGUAUAAUGAGGUGGCAAGAACUGGCAGGCCCAGAGGAUAGUGAACAUGCUCGUUCAACAGCAGCAUCUUCGUUAAGAGCUUGCUAUGGAAAAGAUGAGAUAUACAAUGCUGUAUAUGGUUCUAAAGAUACCGAAACGGCAACACAGGAAUUGCAAUACUUCUUUCCGGAUUCAAAAAGUAAAAAUAGAAGUCUAAAAAACACUGCAACUCUUCAAAAUUGCACCUGUUGCAUUAUCAAGCCACAUGCUGUUCAAGAGAAGCUUCUUGGUGCCAUUAUCGAUGACAUUCAGAAAGCAGGUUAUAUAAUCACGGCGGCACAAAAAUUUUAUGUUAAUCCAAUUAAUUCCGAGGAAUUUUUAGAAAUUUAUAAAGGCGUUUUUCUUGAAUAUACUGCAAUGGUAACGGAAUUACAAUCUGGUCCAUGUGUCGUUAUGGAGGUGAGCCGUAAAGACGAAAGCCCUAACAUCGUCGCUGAUUUCAGAAAUUUAUGCGGUCCAAUGGAUCCGGACAUUGCACGGCAAAUCAGAUCAAAUACGCUUAGAGCCAAGUAUGGGAAAACGAAAGUACAGAACGCUAUACACUGUUCCGACUUACCGGAAGACGGUAUAUUAGAGGUGGAAUAUUUCUUCAAAAUACUUGAUGGAAUCUGAGCGAUCAAAUAUUUCGUACAUAAAUAGUUAAAUUUAAUAAUUAUUAAAUUUGAAUUAUUUGAAAACUCGUAUUUUAUACAUUAAUAUAACUUUAUACACAUUAAUAUAAGAAAAUGAAUGUUUGUUUAA